CAGCAACAGCAACAGCAACAGCAACAGCAACAGCAACAGCAACAGCAACAGCAACAGCAACAACAACAACAACAACAACAACAAAAACCUACUAUCGAGGCUGAGAUGCGUACCUAUAAAGGCUCUAUGAAUCGAUCUGCAACUUUCACCUCAAGAUCACCUUUAGAUGUAUUGUUGGAGAUCAAUAAAGUCUUACUUGUAUUAGGAAUUGAAGUGAAAACAGUGGAAGGUUAUAAAUUAGAAUGUACACGACAAGCUGCUACUACUACUACUACUACUGCUACUGCUGCUGCUGCUUCUGCUGUCCAUCCAUCAUCAUCUGAUGAUAAAGGAGGAAUGCUAUCUUCCUCUUAUACGAUUGAACAGCAACAACAAUCUAUUUAUGGACACCCUAGUUUUGAUCGUGGUGAUGAAAUUCGGUUCUCGGUUGAGAUUUGUCGCUUUGAAAAUUUAUCUGGACUCUUUAGUGUACAUAUUCAGUGUCUUUCCUCUUCUCCUGAAACCUAUUCGACUUAUCAGUUUAUUGGUCAAAAAUUACUUCGUCUUCUUCAAUUCGGUAAUGUCAUUCGUGAUACUAAUUUUGAUCUCAUAUUAACGAAUCAUAAUGCCAUUUAUGAUACAUAAAAAGAAAAAAAAAUGUAAUUCUUUAUAUUAUUCUCCUAUUUAGACUUUCUAUUAAAUAUACACAUAAAUAACUUAUAUAUGUAUAUAUACAUAUACAUAUAAAUAUAUAC